AGUGCCUCGUGAUAUCGCGCGUCGUGUGCCUUCUUGUGAGACCCUGCAUCGGCCAUUGGGCCUUGAAUGCAGCGUGUCGUCAAGAAAGAGGGCAUUGCGCGAUGAGGCCAUCGUCCAACCCGCAUAGUUCAUGCUGAUGGUUCGUACAGAUGGCCUUCAUGCAGACGGGGAUCUGGGCGGCCGAAGCGUUCAAGGACACGGUGACCGAGGAGAGGAGAGGCACCCCCUCAACCCCGCCAUCCGCAGCUCUCCCCCUCUGUGGCUGAAGGUGAUUUGUGUCUCCCAUCUCCGCCACACUGGUGCAUCUGCCGUGAACGCAGCGCCGCCCUGACCUACGUCUUUCAUGGCUCUUCGUGGUUCGCGGACUUCGUGCCCUUCGUGCUAUUCGUGGCUUCGUGAUCUGGUGAUUUGCGUCUCAAUUUUGUCUUCUGUUGCGUCCCAGCGCCCCGCGAUGGCAGCAUCUACGCCCACGCUCGCCGAGCUCAACAAUCGCUGCUUGCGGACUUGGCUGGAUACCGAUUAUCUGCGUCGACAUGAGGAGGAGCGCAAGGCAGCCGUCAGCCAUCUGGCUUCCCGCAUCCGCGUGGACCCCACUGCCCCACACCUCGCGCACCACCAAACCACGCCUCCCCCUCUACGAGAACGGCCGUGCCCCGUCUACCCGCCCAUUCCGGAAGAGACCCGCUAUGUUGCAUACGGUCAAGACUACUGGCGGAGGAGGACACGCCCGCCUGACGCAGCCGAGCGAGCGUUCGAGGCGCUUGUCGCCGAGAUCGCCCGCCGCGAGGAGGGCCAGAGGGUUCCGUCAGCACAGCCUGCGCUAGCCGUCCCGGCACCCACCGCAUCCGCACCAUUCCGGGUCGCCAUCCUCUAUCCCCACUACUCUCAGCACACCGCACAUGCUCUACCGACGACAACGACGGUCAACAGGGAGAGGUCGAGCAUCGCAACAAUGCCCGAGUUUGCAGAGGAUACCAACGCACCGUUCGUCUCGCGCCGCUAUGUCGUGUACGAUGGUUAAGUACCAUCGUUAUUGCCUCCGCGCGUGGACAGCGGUAUACCCACGUACUCUGCGGUACGAAUACGAGCGCACACGUCACGCUCACAUGUAUACGAGUGCACGCCUUUCUAUCUGGCUCGUCGAUUUUCACUUGUAUAUACUUGUACAUACUCGCAGUAUCCCAUAUCUAUCUGACUCGGCGUUUUCUAAGCGUGCGUCCUGACACACACCACAUGCUGACCCGGCUUUUUGUCUGCAUGGAUCCAUAAACACGGACGUACAAGGCGUCUCCAUCCUUGCUUCCCUUAGGCGGGCGCCACUCCUUUGGCACCGUCUGCUCCCAGACGUCGUUGCGUGCAGAUGUCUCGGCAAAGGCCACCUCUGCAACCAUGUCUUGAAUUAGUGUGCCAUGCGGAGUGGCCUCAUCUAGCCCGUGGGGCUGGGGAAAAUCGUCAGCCUCCUUGCGCGAGUCCCUGAAACACCGCCUGAGUGCCGAACACAGCAGCCUCGAUUAGAUCCUCCCCGCCCAUGUGUGUUGGCAUGUCUCACUCACUCACUCACUCACCUGUAAGCGGCGUUCCUACAGCCAUAAUGAUCGGAUUUCUGCCGGUGUUUGGGGUCGUCUGCAUUGAUGAAGUCCCACAUGUCGCCGUGGACCAUCUUGACCACGAACUACUGCAAUGGGCGAACACAGUG